AUGGAAGAAAAAGCUGGCAAAACAAGAAGCGCAAGUCGUCCAUCAUCAUGUUCAGCAUUAGAGAUGAACAAGAAUUCACAAAUAAUAUCCAAAGUGAAGCCCCAAAUCCGAAUAAUUCAUGUAUUUGCACCAGAGAUCAUCAAGACAGACGUGGCGAAUUUUCGGGAACUCGUUCAAAGGCUCACAGGGAAGCCAUCACUGUCAGAUAAGAAGAAGAAGAAUAAGAAGAAAGAAACCAAUAUUUACAACAUGAAGCAAAUUCUUCCCGGCAAAAAUAAUAAGUUAUUAGAGGAGCCGUCGACCAUGUUGAACUGUGUGACCACCUUUCUUAACAAGAAAAUGGAGUUAAGGACUGGAUUUAUUAAUCCCUCAGAGUGGAGAGAAAGAAUAAAAGGUGAAGAAGAGAUAUGGAGAAAUGCAAAUUCUGGUGGAGGUUUCUUGGAUGGUUUGAUGGAAGAGUUUAAUCAGUUUCCUUUUCUUCCUUCAGAUGCUGUUCACAUGGAUGCCCAUGGAGAAUCCCAACUUGCUUAA